AGUACCUCUCUGAGCAGGGUGUACUGGGGGUGAUGGCAUCUUAUAAAAAGAACCGCCAGACCCGCACACUCAGGACUUCAUUCUCCCGCUGUGCUAGAGACCGCCUCAGAAAGAGAAGAUUGUAAUCGAGAUGAACCCCCUAGAAAGAUUAUUCCAGAGAAGAAUACACUAAGACAGUGCGAGCUGCUGGCAUAAGGAUGUAGGCAUGCCCCAGCAGGCACUACGUCACUGAAGCCUGCUGGUGGGACUGCUUCCGCCCUCACUUCACGUCACCAAGGAGGAGCAGCGGAGUAAGAAGCUACAGGCCUGCUGGGAGAAGCCAGUAAGCCAUGUACUUAGUUGGUGACAACACCCAACACCCCAGCACCCACUGUAGAAGACAUCUUGGUCACAACCACCAAUACUUCUGGCAUCAGUUUUAUGUGUGGAGAAGAGGAGACAUACAACAGCUGUGCCAGAUUGUGCAUAAACCAAGAAACUGUGUGCUUAUCUGGAUCUGCCAUGAAGACAGAAAGUUGUGUAGUUAAAACUAAACUUGCCAAUGGCACUUCCAGCAUGAUUGUGCCCAAGCAGAGGAAGCUGUCCGCAAACUACGAGAAAGAAAAAGAGUUUUGUGUCAAGUACUUUGAGCAGUGGUCAGAGUGCGAUCAGGUGGAGUUUGUUGAGCACCUCAUCUCUCGAAUGUGCCACUACCAACAUGGACACAUAAAUACCUACCUUAAGCCAAUGCUGCAAAGGGAUUUCAUCACUGCACUGCCAGCUCGUGGACUGGAUCACAUAGCAGAAAAUAUCUUGUCCUACUUGGAUGCGCAGUCACUGUGCUCUGCAGAGUUAGUAUGUAAGGAGUGGUACCGAGUCACCUCAGAUGGUAUGUUGUGGAAAAAACUUAUAGAAAGAAUGGUCCGAACAGACUCCUUGUGGAGAGGACUGGCAGAGAGAAGAGGAUGGGGUCAGUAUCUAUUUAAAAACAAGCCACCCGAUGGAAAGACACCUCCUAAUUCCUUCUACAGAGCACUUUAUCCUAAAAUUAUCCAAGACAUUGAGACGAUAGAAUCUAAUUGGCGGUGUGGCCGACAUAGUUUACAAAGAAUUCACUGUAGGAGUGAGACAAGCAAAGGAGUCUACUGUUUACAGUACGAUGACCAGAAGAUUGUAAGCGGACUCAGAGAUAACACAAUAAAGAUUUGGGACAAGAACACUUUGGAGUGUAAAAGAGUGCUAACGGGACACACGGGGUCUGUUCUGUGUCUUCAGUAUGAUGAGAGAGUAAUUAUUACGGGCUCAUCUGACUCCACAGUCAGGGUUUGGGAUGUUAACAUGGGAGAGAUGCUGAAUACGCUGAUUCACCACUGCGAGGCCGUGCUGCAUUUACGUUUUAAUAAUGGCAUGAUGGUCACCUGCUCCAAAGAUCGCUCCAUCGCAGUGUGGGAUAUGGCGUCUGCCACAGAUAUCACGCUACGGAGGGUCCUUGUAGGACAUAGAGCUGCUGUAAAUGUGGUGGACUUUGAUGACAAGUACAUAGUCUCCGCAUCCGGGGACAGAACUAUUAAGGUGUGGAACACAAGUACGUGUGAAUUUGUACGCACCUUAAAUGGUCACAAACGUGGGAUUGCUUGUCUACAGUAUCGAGAUAGACUAGUAGUGAGCGGCUCAUCUGAUAAUACCAUCAGGUUGUGGGACAUAGAAUGUGGAGCUUGCUUACGAGUUUUGGAAGGACAUGAAGAACUGGUACGAUGUAUUCGCUUUGACAACAAGAGGAUAGUCAGCGGAGCCUAUGAUGGGAAAAUUAAAGUAUGGGACCUUGUGGCUGCGUUAGAUCCGCGCGCUCCCGCGGGGACACUUUGUCUGCGGACACUUGUGGAACACUCAGGAAGAGUUUUCCGCCUCCAGUUUGAUGAGUUCCAAAUAGUCAGCAGUUCUCACGAUGACACUAUACUCAUUUGGGAUUUUCUAAAUGAUCCAGAUGCACAUGCGGAGUCCAGCCGUUCACCUUCUAGAACAUACACUUAUAUCUCCAGAUAAAUUACACUAAAUAGUACCUCACAAUUGCACAGGACUUGUUUGGAAGAUAUAGUAAAUGAAUCACCUGUGAAUGCCGGGAAAAUAAACAAUGUACUUGAGCAGUAUUUGAUGAAAAAGACCUCUACGUCUUGGCACACCCUGAAAUAAUGGCCUGGUGUGACAGCUGGAAGCAGCCCGGGCCUUCCUGCACAGCGGACUGCUGGAGUGCUGCUAUAUGAAGAUUAUCAUUGUCGUUUUUUUUUUCCUUUAACCCCUUAUUUGUCAUUGGUUACAGGGGUUUGCUGUUUUAUUGUGUUGCUGGAGCUUGCACUCUCCUGUAUCAGUGACCGGGGGUAUAGUAGAAAAGGAGACUGUUUAAAUGUAGGAAAUGGACAAGUCACAGAUUCUUUUAAAUAUAUUUAAAUGUCUUGCCAGAAUAGCUGUUGCUUUGCUAUAAGCGAAAGAACAAUUUCAAUGGUAUCCCCCGCUCACACUGCUAUCAAGUCUGGUUACAUUGGAAAUACAUAGAACUUAUGCAAAGACAUGGGAAAUUGGAAUCAGUUUUUUUUUUUCUUAAGACUGACUCAAGACCCCCAGGGAAAUAAAAAUGUAUGUUUUUACCCUUGUAAGCAUGGAUGUUUUCUUUUUAAUCCCCCCACUCCUUUUUUUAAAUUAUUGUAAUUUUUUUUCCAUUUUUUUUCAGUGUUUGCUUGUAUAUUUGUUUCCUCCCUCUGUAUUGUAACAAAUCUUGUGUUGUAGACCCAUGUUUAGUACUGUAUGGGCUAUUAAAAUGUAGAGUCAAAAUACAUGAAUUAGAUAUUUUUGUUAUCCUAAAGGGAACAUCACUUUAAAAGGAGCAAUUUUUUUGUAUUUUUAUGUACUUGUGCAGUUUGCUCUGUUACAAUGUGUUGUCAUGCAUAUAUUCUUUCAGAAGUCGACCACCUUAAAGGGGUUCUCCGGUGCUUAGACAUC